GCAACAUCGAUGGCAGUCAGUACGAGUACCACUUCUACUGCCUCGUCGUCGUCGUUGACCACGGAUCCGGCAAUAGCAAUAGCAGGAGCAAGAACCUCAUUGUUGUCGUCAGCACUUCCUCUAUCGACCAUCUCACCCGACUCAGCCAUCGGCCAUCAUCAUUUCGGAAAAGCACCAUAUCUCUCUCAGGUCGCCCUUUUAGGAGAAGUGCCCUCGAAAUCCGUCGAUGUCCCAAUCACGUCCGUCUUCCUCGUCCUCUUUAUCGUCGGAGCCAUAAGUAACAUGAUGAUCUUCCGAAAAAACAAAGCGCAGGGCCGACUCUUCAUGCCAUCAUUCUUUCUGUACGUCUUCUGCAUGGCCCGGACCCUCAGCUGCGCUCUACGCAUCUCCUGGGCAUUCUAUCCCACCAACGCCUCCCUCUCCAUCGCGGCCUUUAUAUUCGUCUCGGCCGGCGUCCUGAUUAUUUUCGUUGUCAACCUAAUCUUCGCCCAAAGAAUCGUCAGGGCGAUACAGCCUCGCAUCGGAUGGAGCCCAGCAUUCAAGAUCUCAUUCGUCAUCAUAUAUGGUCUUACGGUGCUCCUUCUGAUUGCGACGGUCAUCUGCAUCGUCCACUCCCAUUACACCUUGAAUCCAGACGACUUGCGAAUCGACCUUCACAUCGAACAAGCCGCCAUAACAUAUUUUCUUUGCCUCGCAUUCCUCCCGCUUCUGCUGGUAUAUGUGGCUCAAGUUCUCCCACGGACGAGGAGACCCGAAAAGUUUGGAACUGGAUCCUGGCGAUCCAAAGUACGGAUUUUGACACUGGGUGCUGCACUCUGCACGUUCGGCGCAGGAUUUCGCACGGGCUCGAACUUUAUGAACCCCCGGCGUGCGGAUGAUCCGGCGUGGUACCAUUCCAAAGUUUGUUUUUAUCUUUUCAAUUUCACCAUCGAAGUCCUGGUGGUGUACCUUUACCUGAUCACGCGAGUGGAUAAGCGCUUCUACAUCCCCAACGGAUGCAAGACGGAUGGGGACUAUACGCGACCACGACAACAGAUUCCCUCCUCUGGGGCAUCGUCCAGUACGGUGGUCGUGGGCGAGCCAGAGAACCUGAAACGAAAGGGCAGCUUGAGUAGCUACGCGCGCAUCUUCGAUGGGAGCUCGUCCACGUAUUCGUGGCGCGAGGAAGAGAGGGAGAGAGAAGUCAAUCGCAGAUAUGCCAGUGAUGGGGAGGAAGACCAUGAGCGUCACGUGCGCUCACGUUCAAUCUCACGCUCGCAUUCUCCGUCUAGGUCGUACUUGUCGCAGGUGGAAAUCAAUUGGGGAUCAGAAUCGACCUUGCAACUCCCCCCUGCAGUGGCACCGAGUAGGAUACGAGUGGUGGAUAUGCAAGAGGCGCCGUACGUGGACAUUGAUUUCCUCCAAGAACGUGAUCAUUACGGCCAGCAUAGAGGUGAUGACUGGUUCAGGUUGGAAACUCCAAGGGUAUCAGGGACUUUUGAGAGGUGAGAUUGGAGAGACGGAGAGGGUGAGUUAGGGGGGAUGGGAGUGGAAAUGCGAAUGUGAAGCAGGCCUAUUUCAUUUGCGAUUGCUGUCAUUGGAAAGAUCUGAGUGGUAGGCCUGUCUCAUUGGCCUUUUGGGAGGAUUUGAUAUUUCAUGGGCAUGAACAAGGAGUUUGGGAAACAUCGACAAUGAUGAUUACAACCUGACACAGAGAUAUUUUACUCUCGAGACCGACAAAGUCUGCCAUGACGAGAUCGAGAUCGAGAAAUGAGACAACGAAACCCUCAUUCGGAUUAUGCUCUAUGGUCAAAGAGGC